AUGUCUUUAGUGGUUAAUGACAUGGAUGCUUUCACUAAGAAGCUUCGGGUUUCUAACAUCAUUCAAUACACUAGGGAGAGUUUCGAUAAUAUCUACCUUGAUCUCUCGAAAGAGUCAGGCCGAUGCAGAUUCGCUGAAACUGGAUUUGGAUGGAAGCCAUCGGGCGGCGGCGAUACAUUUACACUCGAGAACAGCAACAUCGCAGGCGCGCAAUGGAGCAAGGCAUCAAAGGGCUUUGAGGUGAAGCUCUUGUUGCGGAAUUCUGACAUUUGUCAGCUUGAUGGUUUCUUGCAAGAUGACUUUGAGCGAUUGAGUAAAGUUUUCAAGAACUGGUAUAGCACAAAUUUGGAACACAAGGAGCACGCUUUACGAGGAUGGAAUUGGGGCAAAGGCGAAUUUGGAAAGUCAGAAUUGGUAUUCAACGUUCAAAAUCGACCUGCUUUCGAAAUCCCAUACACCGAGAUCUCAAACACGAAUUUGGCAGGAAAAAAUGAAGUCGCGGUCGAAUUUUCCCUGCCUGCAAGUGGCGAUGAUACAGGCACAAAUGGAGCUUUGGGUGGUGCGCGCAGUAAAGGAAAGAAGGCUGGCGCUGGAAAGGAUCAGCUCGUUGAGAUGAGAUUUUACAUUCCCGGAGUUGCGACAAGAAAGGGAGCUCGUGAGGCAGAUGAGGAUGCUGGAAGCGAUGCUGAUGAGGAGGCGCACAAUGCUUCCAACCUUUUCUAUGAUACCUUGAUGGAGAAGGCUGAAAUUGGUGAUGUCGCUGGAGAUACCGUUGCUACCUUUCUUGAUGUUCUACAUCUCACCCCAAGAGGACGUUUCGAUAUCGAUAUGUACGAAAACUCUUUCCGACUACGUGGUAAAACUUAUGAUUACAAAAUUCAAUAUGACCAUAUCAAGAAGUUUAUGGUUUUACCUAAGCCCGAUGAAUUACACUUUAUGAUCUGUAUUGGUUUAGAUCCACCCCUCCGACAAGGUCAAACUAGAUACCCUUUCUUGGUUAUGCAAUUCAAGAAGGAUGAAGAAGUUACCAUCGAUUUGAAUAUGACGGAAGAUGCCAUGCAUGAAAAAUAUGGAGGAAGAUUAAACGCACAUUACGAACAGCCAUUACAUGAAGUCGUCACACAAGUAUUCCGUGGUCUUGCUGGGAAGAAGAUCAAUCAACCAGCUAAGGAUUUCUUGAGCCACCACCAACAAUAUGGUAUCAAGUGUUCUAUCAAAGCCAGCGAAGGUUUCCUCUAUUGCCUAGAGAAAGCUUUUAUGUUCGUUCCAAAACCCGCUACAUACAUAACCUACGAACAGAUACACACCAUAACCUUCUCCCGUGUUGGCGGUGCUACUUCCGCCUCCCGUACCUUUGAUAUCGCCGUUCAACUCAAAGGUGGAGCCGGCGAAACACAAUUCAGCAACAUUAAUCGCGAAGAACAGAAACCCCUCGAGGAUUUCUUCAAGGUCAAGGGCCUCCGCGUCAAGAACGAAAUGGACGACGAUAAUUCCGCCCUCCUAGCCGCCGCUCUCCGGGAACCUGAUAUGCAAUCUUCAGAUGAAGAAGUAGUAGCUGCCAGAGCCGAUAGAGGGAGCGCUGAUGAAGACGAUGAGAGCGUGGAUGAAGAUUUCAAGACGGACAGUGAAAGUGAUGUCGCUGAAGAAUUUGAUUCUGCUCAUGAAAGUUCGGGAAGUGAUAGUGAUGCGGAAGGAGGUGGUAGUGAUGCGGAAGAAAGACCAGCUAAGAAGGCUAAGACUAGUUAA